GUACUAGAAUUGCAUCCCAUCAUGUCUGAAGGAGAAGCCAAGCAGGUUCCUAGCAGUGGUUCAGACACAAAGCCAGAAUCCACAUCUUCUGGGCCAGGAAUGACCUCUGUGUCUCCACCAGUGACUUCUGCAGCUCCGGCAGCACCCCAGGAGGAGGAGGAAGAGGAGGAGAGUGAAGAUGAGUCUGAAAUCCUUGAAGAAUCUCCUUGUGGACGGUGGCAAAAGAGACGUGAAGAGGUUAAUCAGCGCAACGUCCCCGGGAUUGAUAGUGCCUACCUGGCGAUGGAUACAGAAGAAGGUGUGGAAGUUGUUUGGAAUGAAGUUCAAUUUUCUGAGCGCAAGAAUUUUAAGCUUCAGGAGGAGAAGGUUAAAGCUGUCUUUGACAACCUGAUCCAGCUGGAACACUUGAAUAUUGUGAAAUUCCACAAGUACUGGGCUGAUGUAAAGGAGAACAAGGCCAGGGUGAUUUUCAUCACAGAGUACAUGUCCUCAGGCAGCUUGAAACAGUUCCUGAAGAAGACAAAGAAGAACCAUAAGACAAUGAAUGAAAAGGCCUGGAAGCGCUGGUGCACCCAGAUCCUCUCUGCUCUCAGCUACCUCCACUCCUGUGAUCCCCCGAUCAUCCACGGCAACCUGACCUGUGACACCAUCUUUAUUCAGCACAAUGGACUGAUCAAGAUUGGGUCAGUGGCACCAGACACCAUCAACAACCAUGUGAAGACGUGUCGUGAGGAGCAGAAGAAUCUGCACUUCUUUGCCCCAGAGUAUGGAGAAGUCACCAAUGUCACCACUGCUGUGGACAUCUACUCCUUCGGGAUGUGUGCGCUAGAGAUGGCGGUGCUGGAAAUCCAGGGUAAUGGCGAGUCAUCCUAUGUGCCCCAGGAGGCUAUUAACAGCGCUAUCCAGCUGUUGGAGGACCCCUUGCAGAGGGAGUUCAUUCAGAAGUGCCUGGAGCUGGACCCUGGGAAACGUCCCACUGCUCGGGAGCUCCUCUUCAACCAAGCUCUGUUCGAGGUGCCCUCCAUGAAGUUACUGGCCGCUCACUGUAUUGUUGGACAUCAGCAUAUGAUUCCUGAAAACGCUUUAGAAGAAAUGACCAAAAACAUGGACAUGAAUGCAGUGCUAGCAGAGAUCAACCACACAGACAGGGAGGGGGUCAAAAUGAUCUUCUCCCAGUCCCCAGCACUGGAGCUGGACAAGUUCCUGGAGGAUGUGAGGAACGGCAUCUACCCACUCACAGCCUUUGGGAUGCCUCGGCCCCAGCAGCCUCAGCAGGAGGUGGUGAAGUCCCCCAUUGUCCCCCCGUCAGUGAAGACCCCAACGCCAGAACCUGCUGAGGUGGAGACCCGCAAGGUGGUGCUAAUGCAGUGUAACAUUGAGUCAGUGGAGGAGGGAGUCAAGCACCAUUUGACCCUGCUGCUGAAACUGGAAGACAAAUUGAAUCGACACUUGAGCUGUGACUUACUGCCCAAUGACAAUAUCCAGGAGCUGGCGGCCGAGCUGGUGCAGCUGGGAUUCAUCAGUGAGGCCGACCAGAGCAGACUCAGCUGUUUACUUGAAGAGGCGUUCAACAAGUUCCACCUUGCCCGGAACGGAGCCCUGACGGCGGUGACCGUGUCGUCCUAGCAGCCCCUCCAGGCUGGCUGGCGUUGCUUAGUUGCCCGUGACCCUUUUCUGAGUCUGUCCAUCUGUGUAGGGCACCAGCAAGACCCUAGCCGCUGCGCUUGGAAGCUCAUCCUGCAUGUGCCGUCGCCAGGCCCAGCGACAGUCUGCCCUGCCUACCUAUUAAAGGGGACUUUGCGCGUCAGUAUUAUUUCAGCCGUGUUUUGUUGGGAGUGUGUGGGGCGGCGUGGCCAGCCGGGCCGCGGGAAUGUGCAUGGCAUUUGGUCUGUUGGAAUUGUACAAAGGUUGGUGGGUUUUCUUUUGCACAGGACAGAAAUCUUUUUAUUUAAAGGUAGGAAAGAGGGGAGCCCCCUAUCCCCAUGUGCACCACAUCUGGCAUCUGCCUCUAGUACCGUUCUGUAUUCAUCCCCCAGGGCCGGGGUGAGGGGGGCUCUGCAAAGUGCCCUGCUCAUCCUCGCCCCAGCAGCCCCUUGGCGCUUCUCUAUCACUUGUUUACGUGUUGCACAGCAGCUUGGCAGGGGCCGGAGGGGCGACCGCUCUCCUGGAGCGAGCGGGGCAGGGGUGUGGCUGGGAGCAGGUGCUAGGAGCACUCGUGGGUGCCCUAUAGUGGGCUCCUCCCACUGCUCACACCGGAGCCCCCGUCUUGAGCCCGGCCCCUGGGUGUGUAAGGGGCAACUGUGAGCGGGCAGAGCCUUAGUCCUGGAUUCCUGCCCCACUUCUCCCGGAGCAGGGGCCUCACCUGAGUGGGGGCCUUGCCUCCACCACUCCUCUCCCUGCUGCAGCCCCAUCCCCGGAGCCGGGGCCUCGCCUCUGGCAGCUGCCGCUGUACCACGGAGCCUCCUGUGUCUAGUUUCUAUCAGUUCCUAUUUUUAAUAAACGGUUUUGUAAAUAAGU